AUGACCAAGAAAGGCGACACCGUGCACCUGGCGCACGUGGUGAGCAACCCGCGCACGCCCUUCUCGGGCCUGAACCGCGCGACCACCUCCGGCACCUGGGGUGGCCCGGAGGACGCGCAGUUCAUGGAGCGUGUGGAGUCGGAGGCGGCGGCCAUGCUGGCUGCGCGCUACGUGCCCAUCGUCAAGCACGCCGGCGUGGCCUUCACCACCUGCCUCCUGCGCCUGACGGCGGGCCGCUCGGCCGCCGCCAUCGGCGAGCUGCUGGCCGGCGCGGCGCGCGACCUGGCCGCCGGCCUGCUGGUCAUCGCCAGCCACGGCCCCGGGGUCCUGGCCGAUUACGGCUCCGUGGCACGGUGGUGCCAGGACCAUUCCCCCGUCCCCGUUCUCCUCCUGCCACCGGCCGUGCUGGGGGGAGGUGCGGCGGCGUCGGCAGCCGCCGGGCAGCCGCCGGUGCCGGCUCCUGGCGCCGGCGCCACGCUGCUCGUCGCGGGCCCGGCGGGCCCGGACCUGGGCCGCCUGCACGCCGCCUUCGACUUUGCGGUGCGCCGCUUGGCGCGCCCCGGCGACGGCGUGCUGCUGGUCAACGUUGUGGCGGCGGGCCCCGGCGGGGAGGGCGCGCUGGUGGCGGCGCGGCGCGAGCUGCUGGCCGCCGCAGGCGAGUGGAAGGACGCCGCGCCCGCGCCGCGCCUGGCCGCCACGCUGAACUUGAACGUGGACGUGCUGGCCGACGCCAGCGGCACCACCGCCAGCUUCGACGAGGGCGGCAGCCGGGCGGGGACCGCGCUGUGCGCGCUGGCCGCGCGCAGCAGCGCACGCGCCGUUGUCCUCCUGCGCCACGGCAAGGACCUGAGCUCCGAGCUCCAGUUUGCGCCCCUCACGAGCCACACCGUGAAGCACUGCGUCCGGCCCCUGGUGGUUUACGAUGUCGACCGCCACGCGGCGGCCGCGGCGGCUGCGGCGGCCGGCGGCGCCGCGGCCGACAUCGAGUCCAGCAACCUCAGCGGCACCAGCAGUCAGAAGGCCUCCAGCGUGGCCUCCUGA